AUGAGCCCGAUUACUCAAAUUGCAGUUUUCUUUCCAGGCGUUGCAACGAGUGCCUACAGUAUAUCUGGUUCUGCUUACGUGAGCCUCAUGUACUCCAUGAUGCGCGGCAUCGAAAAGCCUCGACAACCCCACGAUAAAGUCGCAACAGCAAAAACCAGGCCCAUGGUAGUCAAAAAACAACACGUGGCAUCGAGCAAGCAUCGAACUGCCUCGGCCCGCAACCUCACCAAAAUGCGCGGCUCUUCCACCCAUCUCUCGGGGCUCCAAAAGGAGGGGAGCGGCGAUAGUCUCACUAAGCGCAAGGCUCGAUCGUCAGACUCGCUUCAACGGCUAGCACGACCAAAUCUCAGCAUGACCCGAACCAACUCCGGCAACAGCAAUAAGCAGGAUACCUCCGCCAGUAGCGACAAGCUCAAUCACAACGAGACAUCUCCCAAGCCUGCCUCAUCAAAAGAGGCCAACGACAAGGAGAACGAGGAGCAACAGAAGUCCAAGGAGCAGGACAAACCCGUGCAUUUGCGGCAGGGCGGCAAGGUCGUCAUCGGACUUCCUGUGAGCGACGAUGAGGGCUCUGAGGAAGAGGACGAGGAGGAGGUUGACGAGGAUAACGGGGAUAACGGAGUUGCAGCCAAUGGGUUAACAAGAGACAUUUCCCGUUUGGCUAUCGGAACAGAGAUCAAUGAACAGGAGCAGGCCGACGCAAACCAGCAGAAUGGGGUCUACGCAAACGACAUACCCGGAGAGGUGGCUGACACGGAGUCGAAGACCAUGGCUGAAGGAGAGGAGGCCGUGGUGGCCAUGCAGGAAAAGAUGGCAGGAGAGCCAGAGGUUCGCAGGACCAGCAACAACAUCCACAAGGAGAAACAUGUACUGAUCGACGAGAAUGGAGGACAUGUGGAGCACCAUGAGCAUGCCCAGCCUGGAUCUGCUGAUUCUCCCGUGAGCCCCAAGAGCGCGCCUGGCAUCACCAACAAGAGACUUGGUAAGUCUGUCGAGAAAGAUGGCCCCAGAGACCCCGAAAGUAGCCAGGAGAAUAUCUGCGAGGUGUACGACGAGUCAGAGUUCCCCGACUCCCCUGAGCUCAAGAAUGUCAGUGACUCCUGUAAUCCCUCGAGGGCAAAUUCCAGAAACCCUUCUCGAAAUCCUUCAAGGAACCCAUCGUUCGAGGGACUGGGUCUGCUUAGGAGCCUUGGACCUCUCUCUAACAACAAAAUGACCCCUGCAUCUAGAAACUCGUCCUAUGACUCGCUUAGGUUAAGUCAGCAGGCCACCGAGAAGGCUCCUACUCUCGAGCUCUCUAGCCACCACGUGCUGAGUAAUCCUGACGGCUCAUCGGGUCACACCCUGGGAAGUAAUACCGUGGUCACUAGCGAAUCGCCACAGAAAACCCCCAACUCCACUCCUCGCAAAGAACAGCGAAGUCGAACACAGCAGAAGCUGUGGCUUCAGAGAGAGAACGCUAUCGACGAGCACGGAUCUCCACGAUUACCUGCUACUGAGAUGCCGGAUCAACUGGCCAAUGGCAAGGCUGAGUACCAGGUUAUCGAUAAGCAGUACAAGAGCGUGAGAACCUUUUACAAUCCAAUUCUGGAGGGUCUUCAACGACAUGAAAUUUGCCGGUGGUACGAGAAUGGAAAAGUGGUGAAUCCCAAGCGGAGAGAGGUGCAACAACGUCAGCUGCAGAAGGACCUCCAGGCCCCUACAGGAGAUGUCAAUGAGAUUCUGGCAACCCUCUUCAAGGGAGUUAAAAGUGAGAGUCAAGGUCUGGCAAAUCAGGCCCAAAGGGCUACACUUGCUAUGAAGAAUGGCGAGUAA